CGCCUCUUUCCCUUCUCCCACCCGCCCCAUCUCCUGCUGGGGUGGAGCCUUCAAGGCAGCAGCGGGCGUGGAGAAGACCGCAGCGUUUAAAACGAAGGGCGGCGACAGGCCGCACAAAAGAUUGCUAUAGGCUUACAGGGAGGUUACAGUGGAGGCAACGGGGAGGAAGCAUUAAAAAAGAGAGAGAGAGAGAGGAAGGGAAAAAAGGCAGCAGCAGGCGCGUUGGCUCCGGCGCCCGCCCUUUCCCCGACCAUGCAGGAGCAGCCGCGCCGAGGCAGCUGAUAAGAGCCCCACUGCAGAGGCUGGAAAGAGAGUUUGGGAAGUGGAAAGCGGGUGAGCGGGCGGGGAGCCCUCCUUUCGUGAUUCCUCUGCCUCCCUCCCUCCCUCCACCCCGCAGAAGUUGGUGAUUCAGCCGGGGAGGGUUGGAGAGGAGGAGGAGGAGGAGAAAAAGCCGAGCGAGGAAAUACAGUAUGGUGAGAGAGGAGGCGAAGGGAGGCCGGCUGGGCUCCCGCAGCAGCUGUUGCAAAGGCCACCCAGCGCAGCCGCCGCCGCCGCCCUUGUUCGCGGGCAGAGCCUGAAGUUCCCCGUCGAGCGGAGAUCGGGUACGCCAACGCCCCUGGAGGGCCGCCGCCGCCGCUUUUCCCGGGGACGCUGGGCGUCGUGAUCGGAGCGAAAAGCGGGAGAGGAGAGAGGUGGCGAAAAAGAAAAGCAAAAGCGGCAAGCUAAGCUGAGGAUUCCUCCCUCCCUCCCUCCUUCCUGCCUUCCUUCUCCACCAGCGGCUGGAUCCGGGUGGUGUUGGGGGAGAGGAAAUCGUUGCUUUCCGCCCGCCCUCCUCGCCUCGCCUUCCACGAUCUGCCGUGUCCUCUUUUGCACCGGAGGUGAGGUGCGCACAAAACACUUCGGGGCCAGCCUAGCAAAUCAAAGCGGCAACCCUCCUCCUCCUCCUGCGCGCGGCCAGUUCCCCCAGCCACAGCUCCGCCGGGCCACACCCUCUGCUGUUCUUCCUGAUAGCAACGGGGAGAGGAAGAGAUGCCUGCCUGCCUUCUCGGGAGCUGUUAAAGGAGCCUAUGGCGUUGGCUCGCCGCUUUCCGGGCCACGGGGACAGCUUGGAUUGGAAAGGAGUGAAACGCAGCUCAAUUUGGAUUAUUUGCUAAUAACGCUUCUCUCCAAAGAACGGUCCAUCUGCAGAUGGGGAAGGAAAGGGAACGAUAAUUGAUCAUGCCGUUGUGGAAUUGAGGAUCCAGUCUUCCCCAAGAGUCAGGAAACCUGUCGCUUGUUUCCAAGCCUAUUAGUUCACUGUGAAAGUGGAGUAGCAUCAGGUUCCCUUUGGAUUGGGUUGCUCUCCGGCCGGCUCACGCCUCUCCCUCUGGCCCACCAAGACUUUACUUUUACUUGCGGAGAUUAAUGGAAUGAUGGUGCGGAAAAGGCAGAGAGAUCCUGCCAGGCUGAGUGGGGACUCCUCCGGAGGCAUCAGGAGCGGGAGGGGUGGCGGCAGCAGUGGGGUCCCAAGAGGCAUGCGUGUGCCCCCCAGGCGCUAUGGCUAGCGGCGGCUCUGGCAAGUCCACUAGCGAGGUAUCCACCCCGAGCAGCGGUGCGUUGCAGCGGAAGAAGCUCAUCUCAAUUUGCGACCACUGCAAGAGCAAGAUGCAGCUGGUGGCGGAUUUGCUGCUGCUGUCCAGCGAGAGCCGGCCGGUCAAUACGGAUAGCCUGUCUGUCUUUGGGGAGUCCUUCGAGAAAUGCCGGGACACCAUCAUCGCCAGGACGAAAGGCCUCUCCAUCUUGACUCACGACGUCCAAAGCCAGCUCAACAUGGGGCGCUUCGCGGAGGUGGGGGACAUCCUGGUGGAGAUGGGGGACCUGGUGGUCUCCUUGACGGAGUGCUCUGCCCAUGCCGCUUACCUGGCGGCGGUGGAGACCCCGGGGGCUCAGCCAGCAUCGCCCGGCCUGGUGGAUCGCUACAAGGUGACCCGGUGCAAACAUGAGGUGGAGCACGGUUGUGGGAUCUUGAAGACCACCCCUUUGGCUGACAUGAGCCCUCAGCUCCUGCUGGAGGUUUCCCAGAACAUGUCCAAGAACCUGAAAUUCCUGACGGACGCCUGUGUCCUGGCCAGUGAGAAAUCCAAGGAUAAGUUUGCCAAGGAGCAGUUCAAGCUGAGCGUCAAGUGCAUGAGCACCAGCGCCUCGGCCCUAUUGGCCUGCGUCAAGGAGGUCAAGACUUCGCCCAGCGAGCUGACACGGAACCGCUGCGUCUUGUUCAGCGGGCCCUUGGUGCAGUCUGUCUGUGCGCUGGUGGGCUUUGCCACUGAGCCUCAGUUUUUGGGCAAAGCGGCCGCCAUCAACCCGGAAGGUAAAGCCGUGCAGACCGCCAUUUUAGGGGGCGCAAUGAGUGUCGUCUCGGCUUGUGUGCUCCUUACCCAAUGCCUCAGGGAUAUAGCCCAACACUCCGAAAGUAGCUCCAAAACAACUGAAUACAGGGAACGGUUGCGGAACUCGGCUUGCGCCGUCUCGGAUGGUUGCAAUCUGUUAUCUCAGGCACUGAGGGAAAGAUCUUCGCCUCGGACUCUACCGCCAGCGAACUCAAUUUCUGUGAAUUAAUCUUUUCAGUUUAGGUAUACCUUGGUCACUGCUAACACAAAUGUACUUAGGCUCCCCUCAACUGGCCCUUUGUUUUAUGUAUACCAAAGAAUUUGUGUAGAUCAGCCCAAUCUUUUGAUUUUUUUUAAAAAAAUAUUUUUUUGAAUGGGGUAGGCAGCAAAAAGAUUUACCUUUUAACCUAUGUAGAAACAGAUCAGCAUUGAAUGGCUGAUAAUUUGGGGCGAGGGAUUGUUUAAAAAGAAGAAGAGAGAAACCAUCAAAGUUGAUUCAGUUUUGCAUCUUUUGUAGAAUACAAGGUCUACAAACAAGCGAGUGGUAAUAACAGUUUUAAGGUUUUAUCGAGAUUGGGUGGGAUAAAGGGCCUUAAUUGCGCUGGGUGUGCUUUUAAAACUUUUUUUCUUUUUCGUUGGUCUUCCAAAAUUUCCCUUCUAAAUUUUACUGUUCAGUUGCGCAGGAAGGAAAAAAACAAAAACCCGUUACCUCAGUUUUCAUACAGUCUGAAAGAAGCAGAACUUUAAAUGAUGGAUGUAGCUACCUUUUUGUUUUGUUUUUUAUGUUGGUUUCUGUAUGGUUACUUUUGAAUCAAGUGUUAGGUUAGAAGUGCAUUGGCUGUGUCGAGUGGGAAAAGAGUGGAGAUUGGAUGUGAUUUCCAAGUUGGGGGUGGGGGUGGGAAGCUA